AUGAAUCCACUGACAUUAUCUCCUAUCAAAAGUGCUGGGAAAGAUCACUGUGGAUCCUACAAUCAAAGAAAAUUAUUUCUUGUCGAUCUGAGGAUGCAUGUUCAGGGAGGGGAAGACCUGCACCAGGAAGAGCUGUCUCCAAGGAUCAGUUGCCCCAGAGGUUCUGUGGCCUAUGAAUCCUUCUGCUAUGCCUUGUUUCUGUCACCCAAAUCCUGGUUGGAUGCAGAUAUGGCAUGCCAGGACAGAUUCGAAGGAUACCUUGUGUCUGUGCGUGAUGCUUCUGAGGCUUAUUUCGUGGCCUCUGUGAUUCGAAACACAAAGACGAAGCAUGAGAACAUCUGGAUUGGACUCCAUAACUCCAUGGAGGAUUAUGAGCCCAAUGGAGGCAUCUGGAUGUGGGUCAACAAUGAUUUAAUGGUUUACCAGGCCUGGGAGAAAAAUAUCCCAGGCUAUCCUCUAUGGACACAUGGCUACUGUGGGACCCUUUCAGCAACCUCAAAUUACGAACAAUGGAGAGAUUAUGACUGCAAGCAGAAUUUACCUUAUUUCUGUAGGUUCAAGGCUUGA